AUGUUUUUCUCAAAAUCUUACGCGAUCAUAAAUCUGUUUCUGAGUUGCCAAGCAAAGGAGGCCCGUCGAAAGCAUCGCUGCAAACCCCGGAAGCCAGAAUUCCCCAUCGAGCGCAUGGUGACCACCAUCAACGGGCUCUGGAUCUAUGGCUGGCCGUCUAAAGGAGGCCUGAUUGUGCUUUCCCACCCUACAAGAGUUGAUUUUGAUUAUCUGGGCUGGGACUACCUCAAUCCACACAGGAAGCGGGACCAGGACCAAGAUGCCGAGGACGAAGUCUGCAAGAUGCUCCUCCGCCUUGGAGCAACCUGGUACGACAGUCGAUCACGCUACAAUCUCAUCGCGGCCGUUGCCCAGAAUGUCACCAGCGCUCGAAAUCUGUUUCUUUAUGACGAGGUCCCCGCCGCGACAGCAGUGGAAUCGCUCUGGGUGCGCGUGGGAUGGCCCAGUACGGGCGGGUUAUGGGUGGCCGAAUUCAUCCACGGCGCGUUCGAAGACGUCGUGGAUGACCUGGUUGAGUGGGAUGAGCAGGAUGGCCAUUAUGGGAAUGCCGCCGGCCAGAUCGUUCUUGCAAAGGAUAUGGAUGAGAGAUGUGAGAUUCUGAAGCGGCUUGGGGGCAGAUUCUAUGCCAGUCUGGAUGAUUAUCAUGGGAAAGGGUGCUUGAAGAUGUGGGAGCACAAGACUACUGGUGAGGUUGGGCCGCUUGUUCGUACGAGAUAUGUUGAGCGGUAG